CCCUUUGAUGCACUCAACGCGAUGCAAGGGGAACUUUCUCUAUUGGAGGAGAAAACAACCGAUACUCUUGAAUCUACCCUCCAGACGAUAAAGGAGUUGAGAGAGUUACUGGAACGGUUAGGACAAACUUUCAGAUCUUCCGAGGAGAUAGAGCAGGUGCAGGUUGUGAUAGAAGAGGAAAUCGAUGACACAACAUUCGAGAACGAGUGGUGGGAGGCGGAAACUGAGGUAGAAAAGGAGGAUGAACUGAUUACAGAGGUCGAAGGGGAGCAGUUUGAGAGAGAAAGUGAGGAAGAGGUUGAGGGUGAAAGUGUUCCGGAACAAUGGGAGCAGUUUGAGGGUGAGAGUGAGGAAGAGGUUGAGGGUGAGAGUGAAGAAGAGGUUGAGGGUGAAAGUGUUCUGGAACAAUGGGAGCAGUUUGAGGGUGAGAGUGAGGAAGAGGUUGAGGGUGAAAGUGUUCUGGAGCAACUGGAUGAAAUGAUUGAUGAUUAUGAUGAUCAAGAGAAGUCAAGAAACAUUGAAGAAAUGGUCGUCGAACGGGUUAUCGAGGAACAAAUAGUAGAGUCUAAAGUAGAAUCGAACGUCGAGGAAUCAGAUUCUAGACAGGUCGAGGAAAGUGCUGCUGAAGAAUACCUGAAAGAGUUGGGAUUCGCAUAAAUAUCUCAGAAUUAAUUAAUUUAAUUAAUUAAUUAAUUAAUUAAAUUAAGGAACAAUCAACUGAUUUUUAUUUGGUUCUAGUGCAACCACCAAAGAUUUAUUAUUUAACAUGCUUAAAAUGUUCUUACGUUACAAACCUAUGAAGCAAAUUUAAAAUAAAAAUCGUCAAUCGUAGACGAUGAAAUUGAAUGUUUUGACUGGGUUGUAUAUGAAUAAUGAAUCCUUGCUUUUGAUUUAAAUAAAUCAGUCGAUUGCUAUAAAUUGUGAUUAUUUUUAUUAAUGAUUACUAAUCUGCAUGUUUGUCUCGAAUUUAAUAUGCCUGUUCUUUUAAAAACAAAUUGUUAUACAUGUACUUACUGCUUACAUUUCAAACA